ACGCUAAAAGUUCAAGUUCGGGGUAACGUGUCGCUGUGUUCUUUCAAUUUCGGUUGUGGGUUAUCUCUUAUAGCGGGUUCAUUCAAUAGAUUAUUCAGUUGCCAACAAGGACUCACAGUCAACGUUACGAGAGAAGUAGGAAUGUCGAGCACAGGAGGAUUUCAGUGAAUUUCACACUCGACCUGCAGUUUAUUAGUGGCCUAACUAAUUAGAUCUAGACUAGACUCUAGACCUAGGCCUACUGUGCUAGAUAAUCUAGAGCUACUCUCACUAAAAAAGUAGAAGCCGGACAAGAGCAUUUCACUUCAUCAACUUGCCCACUUAUCAACCCUUGGCUGUAGGGCCUAUCUUGUCACGAAUUGUCACAGCUAGAAAGAUCUAGAUCUAUUCUAAAUUUGAUUUUCUUACAAGUUGGCCUACUUACUUGUUCAGUUCUUACAUCGAGCUGCGAUUGUCAGACUGGGUGAACCGAGGCGAGACUCAUGACCAUGGAGGCAGCAAGGUUUCGCAAAAGACCAGCACAGUGUGGUGUGUCACAUGGAACAAAACGCUUACGGCCUCUUCUUAUACAACUGCUAGAUGAAAAUCAGCUGCAUGGAUUGGAGUGGAUAAACAAAGAGAAAGGAAUCUGGCAACUUCCGUGGAAAACAAAGAAAAAAAGUCUGCUGCAUGAACCAGAUGGAAAAGUCUUGCAAGCAAUCGCAAGGGUCAUGUGGCCAGAUGAAGGAAGCCUGAGCAAAUGGAAGGAACGGUUACGGAAUGAUUUGCGCAGCCUUGAGGACAUUGAAAUGAUUGAAGCUGAUAAAACUAAACUGUUCAAAAUAUACAAGUUCUUGGAGGAAAAACCAAAAAGGGGAAAGAAGCCAGUACCACCGCCCACGUCAACUCAGUCAGGCUUCACUGAUGAUAAUGCAACAGCUACAGCAUCGCUUACGACUCCAGGAGGACCCUAUGAUGAUUUUCGUGGACGUCCACAAGUGCUGUUCCCUGACAUAAAUGGUCAUUUCAAUGACCAAUUUGAUGUGCUUUCUUGUAGACCACUACCUUGUAAUUUUACUGAAGAUCCAGUGAGUCAGGGUUAUCGUAGCCGUAGCCCAAUACAGGGUGGUGUGGACCUUCCUUCAGAGAAUUUGGAAGUCGACUUUUUGGAGAACUCUUUUUGGAAUUUGACACCUGACUCAGAUGAUCAGAGCAUGUUAACCGACUCUCAAGGCCCAUCGGACCUUUCAAUAUUAAGCUCAGAAUUAUUUACUCCUGAAGCAGGGUUUGAUGAGGGACGUUUUGGAAACCUCCCAGAUUUCCAGGGUUUGUUGGCCGCUGAACAGAAUAACAGCCCUGAUGAAAAUGUGGUGCCGAACGAAAGUAAGGCAGAAAAUGAUACCUUCACUACUGGUACCUUAAAUUCAGGUGUGGCCCAAAAUGAAAUCAGUCAUAAUGUUUUGCUUGCUACUGAGAACUCAGUAGCUGUUAAUAAUACGUGUGUUGUGGACAGGUCUGUUUCAUCGGCCGAUCAUGGGUCGCAGAGUUCUCUUCUCCCUGUGGUUCCUCGACCUGUAUAUUCUCUCUCUGUACCACCAGUCCAGCCAAACGAGAAUGAGCAGCCGUUGUUGACUGUUAAAGUCUAUUACUUUCGGUAUUUGGUUCUACAAAAACCAGUGCAGAAGUCUUCCUUUACCUUAUGUUACGGUUUCACUGAACACCACAGCAGUGAAAUACAAAGAAUCGAACUGAGGACAUCAGAAUUGUGCCGAGAGCUGACGCAGAAACAGAUGGAGGUUAUCAACGAUGUUCUGGGUACAUUGAAGCGAGGAGUGCUGUUCUCAGUCAGGAAUAAGAACAUAUACGCCACCCGGAAGUGCAAGGCGAGGGUUGUAUCCCAGGUUCUCCCGAAGAACCCAAGUGGACAAAUUUUGAAGCGUCACUCAGAGAUACAAAUUUUUGAGUACGAGACGGGCUUUGUUCCUCUUCUUGAACGUUCUUUGAGAUCCUCUUCAGGUAAUGCAAAAAUGCCAGAGUGUGUUGUGCGGCUUUCUCUUGGUGGCGAGAGUGGCAUCAUCGAUGACAGACCUGGAAUCAUCACAGUUAACAUUUGCCACGAGCUUGCGAGCCAGCAACUGAAGUUUGAGGAGGAUAAUCGCUUCCCUUCAAAUGCUCCAGAAUGUUCCAAGUCAGACAGUUAUGA